AUGAAGUCACACGUCCUCUCUCUGCUGGCCCUCGGCGCAUCCGCCGUUAUGGCACAGGAUUACAAUACAUCAGCACCCUUUACUCUCAAGCUCGAAUCCUCAGACGCAAGCGUUGAUGGAGUAUACCUUUACUCCUGCCAUGCAGGCGCAGGUAUCGAGGAGCUUUGCUUGACCACAUCGGGCGGUGGCACAGCCAGCACUUACUUCCUGAACGAAUCUGAUUACAACAAUGUUGAGGAGUAUCCCACUGGUCCUCUCGUUUGGAACCUGCUUGUCAACAUCGACGGCGUGCCCACAAACGUGAGCUCUGGCAUGACCUUCAACUACAACCCAGGCAGCAAUGUUGCCAUUCCCGCUUUCGGACUUGGAGGAGGCGGUCAGUACGUCGGCUUCGACGGCGAGAACCAUAUGUUCACAAGCUCUUAUUAUGACGAGAGCACUUUCGAGCCGGGCGUGUACCCCAACACCACCUCAAACUUCCCUCUAUACAACUGGCUGGCAUGCUGGAACUAUUUCGGCGGCUACUAUUACCAUGCACUUGCGUGGGUCACCGCGGGCACCCCGUACAAUCCGACCUGUACGUCGGUCAAUGUUGUCAGGACUUUCAUCUGA